AUCUCUGAUUAAUUACAAGAAUUCCCUUGAACAGCGUAGAGCGUAGAGAAUCAUUCUGAAUCAUUCUUCACAUGCGUCGAAAUUUAUUAUAACAGUAUAGAGUUUGUCACAACUUGUAUUGCAAUUCAUUGAUUUAAAGUGAAAAUGCCGAAAGUAGUUUCUAGAAGCAUAAUAUGCUCCGAUACUAAGGAUCAAGAAGAAUACAGCGAAGAAAAGCCACUACACAUUUAUUAUUGUUUAUGUGGACAGAUGACGUUAAUUUUAGAUUGUGCCAUAGAAAAAUUGCCUUUAAGGAAAAGAGAUGGUGCACGAGUUAUUGAUGGAAGCAAACAUGCCCAUAAAAUGACUUGCGAGCAAGAUGAAAUUGUAUAUUUGAAACGCUCUGAAGGCAUAGAAAAACAACAUCGUCAGAAGUGUAAAAAAUGUGGACUUUUCCUGUAUUAUAAACAUGACCCAGGAACAAACAUUGUAUUUAUCGUCAAAGGUGCAGUGAUUAAAAGUUCUGGUGAAGGUCCUAUGACCGACAUAUACAAUCAAGUUGCUAUUGAAAAGCCCAAGAAAAUAAUGGUGACAAAACACACAAAAAAUAUGGGAAAAUUCAGUUCAGUUACUGUUUCUACAAUUGAUGAAGAGGAAGAUGAAAUUGAAGCUAGAGAAGUUGCUGAUUCGUAUGCUAAUAAUGCACGAAUAAUAGAGAAACAAUUAGAGAGGAAAGGAAUGAACAAACGAAAAGCCAUGCCUCCUCCUGAAGCAGAUCCAAAGAGAACAAGACCUAGAGGAACAUUAUUGGAUGUAUAAAUAUUAGGAUCACUGGAGGGUAAACGGAGUUCUACUUACAAUCAGAAUUAGUUAGUAAGAUGGCAACAUCAAAUGGUAAGACAAGGAAUUACUUUACAUAUACUGCAACUAGUAAAAUUAGUAAAUAAUUCUACGAAACAAUUUUUGAUGAUAUGGCUCCUCAAUGUGGAAGAAAGAAAGAUCUAUCUAAAUAUAUCAUCUAACUGGCCAUGUUAGAUCUAUGAUCUAUAAACAUGUGGUGUAUAAUACUAUGACAUAUUAAUGCGCACAUUGGUUGAAAACGGGAUAGGAUAUUAAGCUAGUUGCAUUUGUGACCAAAAGUAACGUUAUCGUUAUCCUAGUUGUGCAGUAUAAUAAACUAAACUCAAUCGAAUGUCCAAGAUGUCUCUAAGAGCCUCGAAUUCCUAUUCACUGCCAGAGAUCAGAAAAUUGAAAAAAUGAUUUAAUUUGAAACCUGUAUAUUCCUAGUGCCAUAUUUCAUUUAUAGUUACCUUUAAUAUUACAACAAAAUCAUAGCACAUUUUCUAUAUAUCUAAUAAAUGCAUUUCAAAUAUAUUCCCUUUGACGAUUAUGCCAACUGCAACUUGCGUUAAAUUAAAAUUACACAUAUUUCUAUUUUUACACAUAGUACGAUUCCGCAAUUGGAAUUAUCACGUUUGCGAUUACAGAUGAUAGUUUUAUAUAUAAUUCAUAAAACUAAUAGCCGCGA